AUGAACUACUGCGGUCGGCCUGCAGUUGAACUCAGAAGAAGGGAAGAGAGAAGUACAAGAGAAUCGAAAUGCAGCGAUAGCGAUCCAAGACUGGCAGCUGGCCUCGAUUAUGAUUGUGGAGAAGAGACAUUGUUUACCUUCCAUGAGAUACCAUUUAGUGCUAACAUCGUGCUUUUUGUGUCUUCGUGCUGGACUCUCGUAUUUAGCGUGGGAUGCUGUCUUCGAGUUCAUUUCGCAUAUCAUUGGAACGGUUAUCUUCACGUCAUAAUCCCAUUCUUUGGAUUGUUAGCUAUUCUCACUGCUAUUCUCGGAUAUUUUAUAAAACCAAAAUUCUCAAGGAAGUGUUUUUUGGCAUCUGGCAUUGCUUGGAUUCUCACGGUUCUUGCUGCAAUUGGAUUAAUUGUUCUUUCCGGGUUCGUAUAUGCACGUUUCAGAGAAAACAGAGCAAUUGAAGGAUUUCGUAGUUUCUUUCUUUACGGGAUUCUUUGGAUUUUCUUCACUGAUCUGCUUUGUUUGGUGACCGUCAUAAUCGACAGUUUUGCUGUUUUCGCAACAUAUAAGAUAUGGAAGUACAAAGGAGAAUUUGGAGCGUAA